AUAGUUUGCCGCUUGAUUCACAGUCAAUAUGCUGGGCUUUAAAGAAACAGACAAGUUAAAACGUCUUGGACAUCGGCAGCUCCACGAUGCACUGAAACUGCUACCAGCACGCGAUACAGCCUCGUAUAUGAAAGCGUGUGAGCACAUUCCAGACUUGGUGAAACUUGAAUCCGAUCCGCUCCUUUUUCUUCAUAUUGAAUGCUUUAAUCCUUGGACAGCUGCUCGUCGUCUUGCUUCAUAUUGGAAUAGGCGCGUUGAAGUUUUUGGUGAGAAAGCGUUUUCUUCACAGUCAAUAGCUUUCGAGCAUGCGAAGCAAUGUAACAACAAUGGUCACUGUCACAAUCCCCGCUACUUACAGCUUCUCCCAACAAAGGCUGGUAGUAGUAGUGCGAUCUACAUCACUAUUUCUGGUCUAAAUACACGAUCACUCGAUACGAUCAGACAGGACUUGUUCAUUGCUUGCCAGAGCCUUUCUACGCAGUCUACGCAGUUUUCCGGUGUCGACUUACUGGUCUUGAUGAAUGAUCCUCCGACCGUUAGUUUUCGGCAAGCCAUGAUUUAUCUUGCUCAGCUCUUUCAAAGGGCUAUGCCUCUCAAAUUUCAUCAACUGUACCUUAUUUCUUACAGCCCAAGCGAAGGGAGAACCGCGUUUCUGGAGAACAUUCUUCCGCUUGUGCUUGAAGGCAUCCCAAAUUUUCUAUCCAAACGAGGCCAUAACAUCUGUGUCUCAGAGUCGCAAAAGGAAGUUCUGGAUUUCCUUUGCGAGGCUGGUUUCCACGUCAAAGAUUUAGUUGGCAGGCUAGGUGGCGUUUGUGGCAUCCCAAAUAAGACGAGAAAACUAGGAGACGUAGAAGUGGAAUCGUUGACUGUGAAGCCAAGAGCUGCCGCCGCGCCGGAGCUCAUCCAAAAGGUUUUGCUGGAAUAUCAAAACAAGACGAUGGCGCAACCUCUUGGUUCUGUGUACAAAACGCCAGUACAGAGUAAAGCCCAGAUGUCCCUGGCCAUCCCUAGAUUUUCCGCCACAAUGAACCUGCCCAUGUCCCAUGUCAAUUUUUCUGCGGAUAUUAUGAAGGAGCUUGACGGGGCCCUUUCUAAAAUUCCGAUAGAGGAAAAGCUCGAGCACUAUGAGGCCACUCAGCGCUGUCCUAAGCUCAUGUGGACCGAAUCAAAUCCGGAACAUUACGUUCAGGCGGCGAAUGGAAACGUUGAGGUUGCGGCUCGAAGUCUCGUCGCCUACUGGCGCUAUAGGAAGCUAUUCUUUGGAUUCCGAGCCUUCAAACCUAUGGUCUUGAUUCAUUCUAGCGAGUCGGCCCUCGAUGACAAGGAUCUAGCAGUCUUAAAUACAGGUUUUACCUCAUUGCUACCGGACAACCGAGACGGAAGAUUGGUGAUCUAUCAUAAUCGUGAAAAGUUGAAGGACAUCGAGACCACCCAGAUACAAAGGAUCCGCUGUAUUUUCUAUAUUCUGCAAAACGCUUCUCAGGAAGAAAAAAGCCGAUUGAAAGGUGUCGUGAUUAUAUCUGCUGUUGGGGAUUUCCCAAUAAAGGAAGAGGCAGGUCCUCGAGAAAAAUCCAUCUUUGCGGAUUUUUUUAACAGUGGAGCAGUUCCAAUCAAAUUGAUUGCGUCGCAUAUGGUACUGCAACGAGGUGCCUCGGUGUCCAUGUUGCCGUCUAUAAUGAAUGCAAUAGAAACAUUCCGACGUAUCACUCCGAAGACAGUGCUUCAUGUCAACGAUGACGAUCAACAGCUCCGGUCUGAAUUGUCCGCGCACGGCUUUGUUCGUGAUAACAUUCCUGAAAGCUGUGGCGGUAGUCAGACGUAUGCAAUUUAUUUCAAGAGCUGGUUACAGAUGCGAAUGAAGCAUGGGAAAGCGAAGCAAUCAACUUCUGCGGCUUUUGAAGCUCACGAGUGUUUUGAAGAAGGCGUGGAAUUCAGUCGGAAGCGAACAUCAAUUAUCUCCUUAUCCUACUCGCAAAAUUCGAGGAAUGAAGACAAGAGGCAGAAAAAACGCAGAAUGGAUAUUAUCUACGCAAGACGCAAAAGAGAGAGGGAGCGUAUUGAGAUCGAAGUACUUCAAGAGAGAGUCACCACACUGCAAUCUCAAAAUCUGAAGCUUCGCGGAGAGAACGAGCGAUUUGUCAGCUUAUUACUGGGUGCAAGCAAUACUGCCAAGCUCUUUGAUGAUGACAAAUCGCUGUAGAUAUUGUAGCUAUUUCUCUUUCUCUCUGAGAUACUUGCAACUUCAAAGACGCUCUCAUUGUAAACGAUAUAUACUUGCUGUUUGCCUAUGCCAAAAUUCGAUAUUGCUUUCGCAUGUGAGCUAAUGUAAGGGAGCACAACGUUUGUUGUAAGACGUCAACAGUCUGAAAGGUUCGAAGCCUCUUCUCAGGAUUCUCGAUUUAUGGUUGCUGUUAGUUCAUUAACUGGAAAAAGAUCCUUCUACCGCUG